AUGGAGUACCUGGAUGAGAACAAGCAGCUGAUCCUGGCCAUCCUCGACAACCAGAACAACGGCAAGGUGGAGGAGUGUGCACACCAGCCGCCGCAGACGGCGUCGCUGUCUCAGUACCGGUCCAACCUGAUGAUGCGACAUGGCCUGCAGGGCGAUCGUGAGGCGACUACCAUGCAGCCACCGCCGCCGGAUGUCGCGCAGGCCGCGGGUGGCCCGUUCUCCGUGUCCCAGCCUUGGCAGGACGACGGAACAGCGGCGGCCCUGUCCGCCACCAAAUCGACUGGCCUCUCUGGCCGCGAUCCCGCCGUGUCCCUGUCUUCAGGAGUCAGGGAUGGAGAGCAGCCCGGGAAAGCCAUGAUUCCCGGAGGAUCUAGGGAUCGCUGA